AUGGGUGCGUCAGGCAAAUGGGUGAAAUCCCUUAUAGGUCUUAAAAAGACUGAUAAAGAACAAGAUCAUGAGAAGGUGAAUGGCAAGAGCAAGAAAUGGAAGCUAUGGAGGAGCUCAUCAGGUGAUUUGGGGUCUUCAUGGAAGGGUUUUAAAGGGAACCAUAAAGCAGCAUCAGAAGCAUCAACUUCUUCACCAUUGGCUGAUCCAUUUACUGCUGCAAUGGCUACUGUGGUUAGAGCUCCUCCUAAGGAUUUCAGGGUUGUCAGGCAAGAAUGGGCUGCUAUCAGGAUUCAAACUGCUUUUCGUGGAUUCUUGGCAAGAAGGGCUCUGAGGGCCUUGAAAGGAGUUGUGAGACUCCAAGCUCUAGUUCGAGGAAGACAAGUGAGGAAGCAGGCUGCAGUGACACUUAAGUGUAUGCAGGCUCUUGUUCGUGUUCAAGCUCGUGUUAGGGCUCGUCGUGUGCGAAUGUCCAUGGAAGGGCAGGCUGUACAGAAUCUGCUGGAUGAGCGACGUAGCAAGGCUGAUCUCUUGAAACAUGCUGAGGAAGGGUGGUGUGAUAGAAAGGGGACAUUGGAUGAUGUGAAGUCAAAACUUCAAAUGAGGCAAGAAGGAGCCUUUAAGAGAGAAAGAGCUAUUGCUUACUCCCUUGCUCAAAAACAAUGGAGAUCAAAACCCAGUUCAAACACUCGAACCAAUAACUCAGUAUUUUCUUUCAAAAAUGAGGAGUUUGAUAAGAAUAGCUGGGGAUGGAGUUGGCUUGAACGUUGGAUGGCAGCCAAGCCAUGGGAGUCUAGAUUGAUGGAACAAUCCCAAACUGAUCCCUUGGUGACUCCACCACCAAAGUCCUGUGUUGAUGCGAGCACACAUUCAAAAUCAGCUGAACAAAGUUUAGUGAAAGUCCGGAAGAACAACGUAACAACUAGAAUUUCAGCAAGACCUCCAAUUGGGCAUGCUACUCGGUCAUCUUCGAGUCCAAGUUCUGAAUUCCGCUUCGACGAGAGCUCAGCUUCUUCAUCAAUUUGCACUUCUACAACACCAAUAUCAGGAAACACUGGCUUGGCCUCAGAUAAAACAGAGGACAGUGGUUACAGUAGGCCAAACUACAUGACCCUGACUGAGUCAACCAAGGCAAAGCAGAAAACAUACAGUCAUUUAUCUCAUAGGAUUCAAAGGCAGUCCAUGGAUGAGUUUCAGUUUCUCAAAAAGUCGGGGGGCUUCUCAAACGGAGAUUCGAAAAGCAGUGCUGGUUCUGAUCCUUCUGUUAAUUUAUCUAAGCCACUUUGUUUGCCAACAAGAUUUGAUAGGAACUCAAUGAAAUAA